GGCAGACCCUUAACUCUGCACAUUGUGCACAAUUCUAAGCAAGUGGCAGUUGAUUUCGAGCUUGUUGCCAUAGGAGAUCUGAUCCGAUCUUCCCGCCGACUAGUAUCACUUCUCCAGCGGACUAACAUAUAAAUAGCUUCGACAACCCUACUUUCGAACUCAUGAUUUCUCCACUGUUGAAUACAUCAUUUCUUCCUCAAACAGUCAAAUCAAAAUGAAACUCCUCACCACGCUCACAACCGCCUUCACAACGGCGACUCUCCUUUCCACCGCCGGCGCCUAUGAAUGGGACGCUGCCGCUGAGAAAUGGGCCGGCGGCGAUUUCUUCACGCAAUAUGCGCCCGAUGUCGUCGAGGGGUCGUGGGGAAAGCUACUGGUCGAUGAGAACCAGGAAUGUUACAUUGUGUUGAAUGAGAUUUUCAACUGCCAGGGUCGUUCGAAACCGUUUGCUACGUAUAAUCCGAAGACGGGGUAUUGUGAUGCUUUUGAUGGCGCCGAGCCCAUGACUGCCCCCAUCUGCGGAGGAUACAUUUGGUUCUUCGGACAUGACGGCAAAGAGAAGAUGGUGCCGCCGACCUACAGGCCCUACAACGUCUCAGCUGGAGAUCUUUUCAUGAAGAGUAAACGGCGGGAGGUGAACCUGGACCCAUUUCAUCUUGGAAAGGCUGGGUGCGGGUUCAAUGCUAUCUACAAAGAUGGCGAGUAUCAGGGUUUGAAUGAGGAUUGUGGGUUGGUGCGGAAGCCUGUUGGAAAGUGGACUGGCUAGAUUGGGGGAGCUUGUUUGUGAGAACGGAAGGGGGAUGUCGCUGUGGUUUUACCUACAUUGUGUCAAGGGUUGGGCUUUGACGAGAUCAAAGGCUUUUUGAGGUACGUGGUGGAGGUACUCAUGCUGCGCCGUUGGGUUGACGGAUAACGCUCGAUUGUGGAAGGCUGUUCGAGUGUUAACGAGAAAAGACUGGAUGAAUUGAUUAGCGAUAUCUAAUGAGUGAACAAGAAAAAUGAAAAACUCAAAUGGCUGGCGAAUUGAGCUGGCGCUUUGAGAAAGAC